AUGGUGAGCGCCACAACUCAUUCAGCCGCAGUGAAAGGGCUGUUGCAUGUCGCGGUGCAGCCUCUUAUCGCCGCGCUCCGGUUUCCGCCGCUGCUGCGCGGCCCCUCCCCCGCCGGCCCAGCCCCACCAGGAAGCCCUGGGCGGACUCGGCGAGCCCCGGAACGCACGCGGCCGCAGGAAAAAUGGGGGGAAAAAACGCUCCUCGACUCGCCGCCGCCCGGCGGCUCAGCCCCCCGCCGCCUCGCCGCCCCUCACGCUAACAGGCGUCCGCCGCGGGUGGCGGCUGCCACUCGCCCAUCGGCGCAGAAACCCAAAGGAGAGGCGAGCCGGCGCUGGCGCGGUGCAUCCCCGCCGCCUCCCGGUGGUAUGUUCCAUCUCACACGUUCCGCGCGGCAGCCUCCGAGCUCCAGUGCCCGCGGGACGCACCCCUGCCACUUUCUGAUCCUUGAGACGGGCUGGGCAGACGCAGAGGUUCGUUUUUGA